CCCACAACGCAACUUGUUCUAACUAAGAACGAAGAACCAAACUCACUUCUUCAUCGCAACAAACAGACACGAUUAUGGCAGUCUCUCUUAACAGCAACCUGCGUCACCCUUCAAUCCGUUGCGAGGUCAAGCCUUAUACUGGAUCCAAGCUUCGAUCUCCAUUUUUGUUUGGCAAUGGGAGACCACGCUUGAAUUCACAAUUCUAUGGCAUGGUUCACAAGAGCCUCCAAUGCGGGAGUAACUAUGAUUAUCCAAUUAGAUCGCGGUUUACAAUGAUGCCAAUAGGCACACCGAGAGUGCCAUACAGAACUCCUGGUGAGGGAACUACUCAAUGGGUUGAUAUAUGGAAUGCCCUUUAUCGAGAGCGUAUUAUCUUCAUUGGACAGCAUAUGGAUGAGGCAUACAGCAAUCAAAUAUUGGGAACAAUGUUGUACCUUGACAGUGUUGAUGAUUCUAAAAGGCUUCAGUUUUUCAUUUGUAGUCCUGGUGGAGAUCUUACUCCAGGCCUGGCAAUUUAUGACACACUGCAGAGCUUGAAGAGUCCUGUGACCACCUUCUGUAUAGGUUAUGCCUAUAAUUUAGCAGGUUUCCUUGUUGCAGCUGGGGAGAAGGGUCAUCGCCUUGCAAUGCCUCUUGCAAAAAUUGCUCUACAGUCUCCAGCUGGGGCAGCUCGUGGUCAGGCUGAUGAUGUCCAAAAUGAAGCAAAUGAGCUUCUUAGAAUUAGAGAUUACCUUUUCAAUGAGUUGGCCAAGAACACAGGACAGCCUGCUGAAAAGAUUUACCAGGACUUGAGCCGGAUCAAACGCUUCAACGCUCAAGAGGCUCUUGAAUAUGGGCUUAUUGAUCGUAUAGUCAGACCAACCCCUAUUAAACCUGAUGGAGCUCGCAAAAGUGCAGAAACAAUUCUUGGUUAGGUUAUUUUGUUUUCACCCCUCAACAGGCACUACUAAAUCUUUGUAUGUUUUCUUAACUCACUAAGUUUAUUUAUUUUUCUACAUGUGGCAUUAGUUAUUCAACUUCACUGUUUUUACAUAAGAUGGUUUAUUUUUGUGAAUGCCUUAGAGUUAGUGAUGGCUUGAUGCAGUUUUUUGUAUAUGAGCAGUACUGCUCCUGUAUCUUUUUUUGUCACCUGCUCUGGUUGUGAAUUUUU